ACUACAACAUGCCAGACGUUGCAAGUAAAGGGACAGAAGACGGCAGACAAGGACCAGACAAUGCAAGACAAGGUCCAGACAAUGCAAGACAAGGUCCAGACAAUGCAAGACAAGGACCAGACAAUACAAGACAAGGUCCAGACAAUGCAAGACAAGGUCCAGACAAUGCAAGACAAGGUCCAGACAAAGGAAGACAAGGUCCAGAGAAUGCAAACAAUGUAUCUGGCAACAGCAAAAAUAAGAAGAAACGAAGGCAAAGAAAAAAGAAUAGAGGAAAGAAAAAGACAUAGAAGAUCAGAAAAACACUAG